AUGAGUAGGCCAAGAUACUUGACUGACGCGGAAAGAGCUAAAGUGCUCGAGUUCCUGGACAUGAUUCACUACAGUCCUAGGUAUAGCGACGAUGCCAACGAGUAUAGGCACGUUAUGUUGCCCAAAGACAUGUUGAAGGUCAUACCCCAGGACUAUUUCAACCCAGAAACAGGGACCUUAAGAAUUCUAUUAGAAGAAGAAUGGCGAGGUUUGGGUAUCACUCAAUCGUUGGGUUGGGUUCAUUAUGAGACUCACGCGCCUGAACCGCAUAUCCUUCUUUUCAAGAGACCUAUAAACUACGAAAGUUAA